CUCCUCCACUCUCCUCUACGUUACAAUUCACAAAACCCUCCCUCUUGUCCUCCCCACGCACCACAGAAACCAAAACAACACACACGACACCCCUCCCCCCCACACUUCCCUUCGUAUCUUCCUAGACUCUUCCCAAGAUCCUCUUUAUCAUCCCUCUUCCGCCUGUUUCCAUCCAUCUUCAGUUCCAUCCGUAGCUUCAUCCAUCCUCACAUCUAUCGAUCGUCAAUCGUCACAACGCCCUCAUCUUCGACAAACCUUAUUGAUUUGACAUCUAUCCUAUCCAUCGAUAUUGCCCUUUUUACACAUCCCCCACAAUGUUUGAUUUACUAGCUAAGAUUCUUUGUUCUGUCGCUACUUUCCUCUUUCCUGUUUUCGCUUCGUACAAGGCCCUCAAGGCCAACGAUCCUACACAAUUGACACCAUGGCUGAUGUACUGGGUGGUCAUCGCUUGUAUUUUGGUUGUUGAGUCAUGGACGGGUUGGAUUCUUUGCUGGUUCCCAUUUUACCAGGAGAUCCGUGCGGGCUUCAUGUUGUGGCUGGUCUUACCGCAGUUCCAGGGAGCUACAAGGUUAUACGUAGAACAUGUCCACCCAACACUGGACGCCCACGAAAGGGAGAUAGAAGAGUUCAUUACCCGAACCCACGAUCAGGCCAAGGCCGCGGGGGUCGAGUACAUACGUAAACUUAUCGAUUAUGCCCGGGAAUCCUUAUUUGGAACCCUCCAACAGGCCCACCAGGCGGCCAUACAGUCGCAACAUCCUCCGCCUCCGGAGGAUCCCACCUCGUUUGUUCAGAACCUAUUCACACGGUGGAGAGUUCCACCGAUUACGCCCUAUGCGCCACAAAUGGCUACAGAUUUCUACCAUUUCUUGUCGUCCGCCUUACAACAGCAGGGGGAUCCAUCCGCUCAUGAUGGGAUGCCGAAUUCGGCAACUUUAAUUCCUCCCGGGAUCGAAAGCAAGGUCGAGAAGACUCGGUUUAUCGAGCUUCAGAGAGAGAGAUUGAAGGUUGUUAUGGCCGCGUUGGACCAGGAGAUGAAUACUAUCCGCGGAACAGGCGAACCGGCUGGAGGAACCAGCAUCGCAUCCGUUCUUGGCGAGGCCACUGGAGCAUACCCUUUGGAGAAGGGAAAGUUCUUCAAGUCCCCCAGCUCGGGCAACAUGUCGAGUGCCGAAGGUGAUUUUGAUCACGUCACGAUGAGUGAUGCGACCAGCGAGAGUUCCCCGGGCACCGCUCCGACAGGCAAGUGGUCCUGGAGCUGGGGAAAGCCGCAACCAUCUACUCCUUCCGCCGAGAAGAAGGGGCAGUGAGUGGUUACCGUAUAUAGUGGGAGGAAUUCAUUCCCUAGACAUGGACUUUUUCCUUUUCUUUGUUAUCGCAACUGGUGGGAAUUCGGUGUCAUCGGAACUUUGGUUGGGUGUCGUAACGUAUGAAGAAUGGAACAUGAUUGCUUCUUUCUUUGCUCUGUGUUGUCUCGACCGCGGGGGUUGGUUGUGGGGGGUUGCUGUUUAUUGUAGAGAUGAAGAGGGAAAGGAAGAGAGAGAAAAACAUAAAACACAUCACCAUUUGUCUACCAA